AUGAAUCCCGCCGAUCGACACAUCAUGGACGCAGAGCGCGAUGCGUCCCCCGAGCGCUAUCAACGCCGGGCAAGCAACGAAAUAGAGCGCGUCAUCACGGCAUCCUCAGCCUCGUCUGCGUCUUCGGACCAAGGCAGCAUCUUCCGCCGGAACAUGAGCCGCGUAUCUACACAGAACGAUCUGGAGCGCCACCCCACCGCCUUGAGUCGAAUUGCUACUCAGCGAAGCCAGCAUGUUAACACUGUUGGAGGCUCAAUUCGUACCGAGAGUAGGGCUUCUCGAAAGCCAAUGCCAGCGUUUGGCGGUGGCAAGCCAUUCCCCCCUCAAUUGCCAGCGCAGGAGGAGUACGUCGUCGAGUUUGACGGACCUAGCGACCCCCUACAUGCCCAGAAUUGGCCCCUUCGAAAGAAGCUCUUGACAUCUGCCAUGCUGGCUUAUACCACCGUCACAUCUACCUUUACAUCAUCCAUCUUUUCGUCUGCAACGAGCGCCGUCGCGGCAAAGUUUGACGUUGGCCUCGAGGUUGGCAUUCUAGGCACAUCCUUAUAUGUGUUGGGUUUCGCCUUUGGUCCCAGUCUCUGGGCUCCCCUAUCCGAACUUCAGGGCCGCCGUCUGCCCAUUGUCGUCUCCAUCUUUGGCUUCUCCCUCUUCACCAUUGCAACCGCCACCGCAAAGGACAUUCAGACCGUUCUCAUCUGCCGAUUCUUCGCCGGUUUCUUUGGCGCCUGUCCCUUGGCUGUCGUUGCCGCUGUCUUCUCCGAUAUGUUUGACAACAGGACUCGAGGAACGGCAAUUGCCAUCUUCUCUAUGACUGUCUUUACCGGUCCCAUGCUGGCGCCUUUCAUCGGUGGCUUCAUUGUCGAAUCAUAUCUGGGAUGGCGCUGGACCGAAUAUCUCGCUGCCAUUAUGGGAUUCGCCGCCUUCAUUCUUGACCUGUUUUUCCUCAGCGAAUCGUACCCGCCAGUUAUUCUCGUUGGCAAGGCUUCAGAACUGCGACGCCGCACCAAGAACUGGGGCAUCCACGCCAAACAGGAGGAAAUCGAAAUCGAUUUUGGCGAGCUUGUCAGCAAGAACUUUUCCCGUCCCUUGCGACUCCUGUUUACGGAGCCAAUCAUCCUGCUUCUGUCUAUUUACAUGAGCUUUAUCUAUGGGCUGCUCUACCUUUUCUUUACUGCGUACCCGCUGGUUUUCGUCGGUGUCCAUGGGUUCAACCUUGGUCAAUCCGGCCUGACCUUCUUUGGACUGAUCAUUGGCGAGCUUCUUGCGACGCUGACUAUCAUUCUCCAAGUCCCAUGGUAUAACCGCAAGCUCGAGGCCAACCAUGGCAUCCCCAUUCCCGAGUGGCGAUUGCCCAACAUGAUGGUUGGUGGCGUUGCUUUUGCUGGCGGUAUCUUUUGGUUUGGAUGGACUGGAUACAAGGAGAGCAUUCCCUGGGCGGCUCCAGCUGUCAGCGGUAUCCUCACCGGCUUUGGUCUCAUGUCGAUUUUCCUUCAGGCCCUCAAUUACAUUGUCGAUGCAUACCUCAUGUUCGCCGCCUCGGCUCUUGCUGGCAACACUUUUAUGAGAUCUCUCUUUGGAGCUGCUUUCCCGCUCUUUGGCCGUCAAAUGUUCCUCGGCAUGCACAUCCAGUGGGCUUCCACCUUGCUGGGUUGCGUUGCGCUCGCGCUUGCUCCCAUUCCCUUUGCUUUCUACUUCUAUGGUGCCAAGAUUAGAUCAAAGAGCAAGAUCGCUCCCGUCUUUUCUGCUCCUGCCGACGAACCAGCUGAUUCAAGCGCCGACGAGAGCGGAGAGAAGGAGGAGGAACACAAUGCAGCAUUGGCCAAUGCCCCGACGAAGAAUAGCGAGGCUGGUGGUCCCGCUGAGAACGUGUGAAGCAGCUGUGAGGGGGCUUGAUAUUUCGUCUUUUCUGGCAUGUUCUUUUCAUCUCUCCGGAUUGGGGGUCUUACUUUGGGUUGAUACCAUUCCAUUUAAAAUGUGGGCGACGGCAGCUGUGCAAGCAUGGCGUUUUAUUUAAAGUAUUGGAUUUGGAAGCGUUAUAUAUAAUAUGAAUAAUGUCUUACUUUGGGGGAGGGGGAUAUAGAUGCUGUAUGCACAAAGCUGUUGGCUUGAAGUGUCGAUGAAACAGCGAUGACACCAGCCGGUGUCAAUGAUGAAAUAAAUAUCCUUAUAAAU